UGCCUCGAAGGACGCGGAAGACGCAUAAAAAGCUCGAGCCAAACGUUGAACGGGGCUGUUGUCACUUCGGACGCGCUCUUGUGCACUUGUGCAAAUUCCGUUCACGCGACGACACAAACGAUCAGGAUGGGUGGCCAGGCGCUCGCCUGGCUCGUGGUUGCUGCCUGCGUCGGGCCAGCCCUCUCCGGGUACGUGGUCCGCCGUCGUGUCUACGGCGGUGGUGGAUACGGCGGUGGUGGAUACGGCGGUGGUGGAUACGGCGGUGGUGGAUACGGCGGCGGAGGAUCCGGUGGCAGUGGAUAUGCCACCACGAGGUACCACUCUGGCGGUGGUGGCUACGGUGGCGGUGGAGGUGACUACGGCAGACAGGGUGGUUACGGGGCCACUACCAGCUACCGAAGCGGAGGAGGUGGCUACGGUGGUGGCGAAUACGGGUCCGGAAGCGGCUACAGGUCGUACGGAGGAGGAUAUGGUGGCGGAUCCAGAGGUUACGGUGGUGGUGGGUACGGCGGUGGUGGAUACGGCGGUGGCAAGUCCUACACAAGCAGCGUUAGCUAUGGAGGCGGAAGAUAUGGCAGUAGUGGAUAUGGUAGCGGUGGCUACGGCGGCAGCGGAUACGGCGGUGGCGGCUAUGGCAGCGGCGGCUAUAGCGGCGGUGGAUACGGAGGAAGCGGCUACGGCAAAGGUUCUUACAAAGCAGCGAGGUCGUACGGACGCGGAGGCUACGGCGGCGGAUACAGCGGGAGUUACGGUGGGGGCUAUGGAGGAUCAGGUGGCUACGGAAAGUCGUACUACAAAUGGUAAAGAGACUGCAUUAGCGCUAGGCAAGCACGCGCAAUUUUUUCUAUACAAAACUAAAAGCCUACAUGGGUGAUGUGCGUUUUAUCAUCCGUCGUUUCUUUAAUAGACGCUGUAAUAUGUUCAUGCCAAAUCCCACUACAUUUCGACAUAUCAUUGCGUUUCUGUGUGAUAUUUGUGACUGUUUGCGUACAGAUGUACAAUAAAUUGAUUGCAAUGCCCAGA